GUUCUGCAUCGGGUGUCGGGGGAAGCAAACCACACACGCCCCCAGGAUCCCGUGGCUACUGGGUAUUUGGCAAUUCAGCACCGCAACUGAGUCACUGGUUGUGAAGGCAGCAAAAUUCAUUUCCUUCCCUUUAUUUGAGAGCUGCGGGACCACGAGACAGAAGCGAGCAGAGGCUCCCAGGACGAGAGACGGAGAAGGUGCGGCGGAUCGAGCCCUGUUCGGAGAGAUGGGGCUGGCUGCGAUGUCUUCAAUUUGGCUCAUCGGAUGCUUCUUCCUGGCAGCUUACAGCUCUGCUCAAUAUACGGGGACGUCCCGACCGGCCACAAAAGAGACAGGAUUUCUGGAGUAUCCGCUGUGCUCUGGCACCGAUGCCACCAACCCAGGCUGCCCGCACCGCAAGAAGUCGGUUACGCUGCUGCCCUCUUUCACCAAGACCACGGAGACGACCACUCAACGUCCCCCCACGAAGCACCAUGCUGUGACCAACCACACCACGGCCCACCCCACGAAACACGCCACGGCCCGCCCCACGAAACACGCCACGGCCCGCCCCACGAAACACACCACGGCCCACCCCACGAAACACACCACGCCCCACCCCACGAAACACAGCACGCCCCACCCCACGAAACACAGCACGCCCCACCCCACGAAACACACCACGGCGCACUCAAAGAACCACACCGUGCCCCACCCCACUCUGCACCCCAGGAACCGCACCACCCCUCACCCCGCCCCCACCCGUCAGCCCACGCAGCCACCCGUUGUCUCUGUCGGAGAUUACGUGGUCCCUAAGGGCUCGGACCCGUGUUUGCGGGUUCAGGCAGCCCUGCAGCUCCGAGUCCGCUAUACUGACAAGGCCAAGCAGGAGCUCUGGGGGAGCUUUGCAGUGAACCCUAACCGCACAGAGUUUUCCGGGAACUGUACCAACCAGACAGCUGUCCUCCACCUGCAUUUCCUAGAGGGCGACCUUCUCUUUACUUUCAGAAAGAAUUAUACCAGAAAUACAUUCUACCUGAGUCGGGUGCAGGCCUCCCUAACGUACCAGUUCCACCAGGCUGCAGGGCAAACCUUCAGAGCCGACAAUUCCUCUCUCCGCGAGUUCGAGGCCAGACUCGGACACUCUUACCAGUGCCGGAACCGCACAUUGGUCCUGGCGGAAGGCUUUCAUCUCAGCGCCCUGCAAGAGCGGGUCCAGGCCUUUGACCUUCAAGAUGGAAAAUUUGGAGAAGCCGAGGUCUGCCCGGAGCAGAGACGGACCCUAUUGGUGCCCAUCAUUAUCGGAGUCCUCCUCCUGGUCCUCAUCCUCAUCGUGGUCGUGGCCUUUUUGAUCGGGCGAGCUCGUACCCACAGGGGGUAUCAAACCAUUUAAGGGGGAGCCGUUUCCCACAGCUGGGCCUAAAGAGAACCAAGAAUAUGGGAUUUUUUUUUAUUGGGGCGGGUGGGGGGUGGGUUAUCUUUCUGCAACAGGCAAUAUUGGACAGGGGCUCCUUGACCCCCCCCCCAAGGGGAGGGGUGGGAGUUCUCCGAGUUGCUCGACUCGCACCUGUUUCAUUCACUUGCUUGGACUGCUGGCUCACACAAGACACACCUGGGGGAAGGGAAAGGACAUUUUGUUUCUGCACAGAGAGGACCCCACUCUGUCAAGGUGGGAGACCCAGGUGCAAUUUGUGUGCUACGGAGCAGUUACAUCUCACUUCUGCCAGACUGUACUUUUAACCUGGGAGAAGCACAGAAUUGUACUGCUGGGAUCCACAAGAGAGACAUCUAGUCCGACCGCCUGCCGCAAUGCAGGAAUGCAUCUAAAGAACCCCCAACAGGUGGCCGUCCGUCCUCUGCUUAAAAACCUCCGAUCUCAAUUGAAACGAGGCUGGGCUUAUUUCUGGAGCAACUAUCCUUCAAGAUCAAGUGUUUGGGCAAAGCUUUCGCGCCGACCACGUAAAGUAUUCUCCUAGGUGUGGGACUCCCUCUCCCCAAAAACUUGUAUUAAGCACUGGUGCACAUACCAUCAAUAUUCUGUAUUUCGGUGUAUUUCGAUUCCAAAAGUAUGCCUCAUAUAAGGUCCACCAGUUUGCUCCUCGAACCCUUUCGGCUGCUCUGCUCUGCGAACCCUUUAGGGGGAUUUGAGACCCCCCCCCCCUCAACUUCAUACGCAAAGUGCUCUGAUCCUAAGCUCUUCAGGUAGAACCCACCGCUGGCAACUAAACAGGUCAAAUAAAUGCCUUUAAAAUUUA